UCCCCCCCGGUUCCACCCCGGCAGCCAGCGGCGGCUGCGAGGCGGCCCCGCCAGGGUUGGCCGCGGCCGGCCCCGCUCCUGGGGGACCGCGCUGCCGCCAAGGGGAGAGCGGGGCCGGCGCGACGCCACUCCGGGGCCGGGCCAUGCCGUGGCGGGCGCUGCUCCUCUCCUUCCUCCUUCUCCUCCUCCUCCUCGGCCUGGCCCGGGCUUCGGGCGAAGAAUCUUCUCCACGUCUACCGGCACCGAAGGAUGUAAAGGUUUAUUCCUAUAACUUCUGUAGCGCGCUGAGGUGGUCUCCUGUUAAAGUAGAUAGAGGCGUGGUGUUAUAUACAGUCCAUUUUAAAACAGUGGCCUUUAACCAGUGGGAUGAGAUAAACUGCACUCGUAUCGCCCGGACUGAGUGCAGUUUCCCGCUGUCACUUAAUGAGCGUCUCUGGACUUUUGUUUUGCGUGUGAGGUCUGAGCUGGGGCAAAUGACUUCUGACUGGGUGGAAUCGGAUCCAUUUGUGGCAGAGAGAGACACUACCAUAGGGCCCCCUAAAGUGAACAACGUGACUGUAAGCUCUGACUCACUGCUCAUUAGUGUCUCACCCCCUUUUGAAUCCGAAGAAGGUACUCUCCAGUAUCAUGUGUCCUACUGGGAGAAUGCAACGACUACUACUAAAGAAGAGAUGUUGGUGAAUAAUGCACUAUUCAAAAUUGAAAAUCUAAAGCAAAUGACACUUUAUUGUUUUACAAUUGAAAUAGAAUUGAAAAUGCGUUUAUAUGACCGGAUCCCUGGACUGCAGAGAAUCCCGGAGUGUUACAGAACUCCAAUGAGUGAGACAACCAGAGCUGCAUAUAUUAUAACAGCAUUUACGUUGGUCGGUCUUGUUUUAAUUCUCAUAAUAAUCGGUUUAUUUUGUCUGUGGAGACACCACAAAACAAUCAAGUAUUUGUGUCAGCCACCUUUAAAAAUCCCAUCACACAUUGAAGAGUAUUUGAGAGACCCUGGCAUGCCUCAUUUAGAAGCGCUGGAGAAUUACCAUGAGGAAGCUCCGCACGAUUCUUUAUCUGUUUUGUGUUUUGAAGAAGGAAGCGAAGCGUAUGAUGACACUUUGGAUGGUAACGCUCGUUCACACAGCAGCUCCGGUGAAUGUGAAGUAACUUAGGCAUUCUCACUGGGGUACUGCUUGUUUCCAGUCAUUGCAGAGGCUCCUGGGAGUGGUGCUGUGCAGCUCCAUGCAGGACAGACAAGGAGCCCUAAACAACACGUGGCCAUUGGCAAAGCCUGAGCAAGACUUUGCUUCCUGAGAAUAAUAUGGAACCUGAGCCUUUUUUAAAAUAUUUUCUGCUGUGUUACAACAAACUUCUUUCUGCCAAAGAGACUGAAAACGUGGAAGCUGAAGGGAAGUGAACACUAAAUUGCUUUCAAACA